AUGCUUUCGCGUCACAUUACCAAGGACCUCAGUUGUCGCAUCAGUUGGGUGACACCCCUGGGUCUGCCCGUCGUUCAGCCCUAUGUCAAGUCCGCCUAUCGCAGCCUCGAGGUGGACUUCUGGUCGGGCUCCUCCUCGCACCGACAACUCCUAGACAUCUCUGCACUCACCAGAGCCGCUGCACUGGCCGAGAAAUCACGUACCUGGAAGGGUGCCAAGGACUCCCUGGUCAGCCUGCCCCCACCAAAUCCCAUCAAACAGAAGAAUGCCUUCCCGCCCAACUUCAUUCAUUCGCUGGACUCCUGCCACAUGAUGCUGACUGCCCUGCACUGCUACCGGGAGGGCAUCCUCUUCGCGUCUGUGCACGACUGCUUUUGGACGCAUGCCGCCUCGGUGGAUUGCAUGAAUCGUGUAAGUACUGAUGUAGUGGAUCCCUUGCACACUUUUGAUCUUCUAUUUUAA